UUAAGUACGCCUCUGAUCACGGAGGUGGACCGUGGACCUGGUGUGUUAAUCUGUUCGGAUGUUUCUGUCUCGCAGCCUACGACUCUCCCUCGGGGGAACAAACUCAACAAAGAUUUGCCAAAGCACAUUCUUGAACAAAUCCUUCAGAGACUAAAGCCAUAUGACUUGGAAACAAUUGAAAAUGAAGAAUUCCUAAACUUGAAAGGCAUUUCUUCUGACUCAUUGUGGAAGGCUCACUUCAUAAGUAACUUUAAACAUGUUGUCAAAUUGCCAACAUUGAAUUGUCAUUGUUUCAAUUCGAAGCCGUGGAGAACACAAUAUUUUGAGAGACAUUUUCAUGAGCUUAUUCACGAAAUUGCCUUGAAGGAGAGUUACCAACUUGAAGAUAUGAAUGAUGGACUUGAUCUAUGUAUAAAGCAUCUUACUAGAAUUCGAAUUAGUCAUAAUACAACAUGUAUUUAUCUUUCACAAAGUCCUCACUUGCUCAUGAAACUUGCUUUCGUACUAGAGAAAGUUGAAAUGAACCAGUUGCAGGACCGGAGUGUUGCGGCUUUGAUUCAAAUAUUGGACGUUUUACUACCUAACAAACUAAAGUCAUUUUCAUUGUCAAACUGUAAAGUUGAACAUACGGAAAAUCUGAAAACACUUUUAAAAGCUCUUGCUAAAUCACAAUCACUAGAGACACAUAGAAGCCUUCUUGUUGAUAAGAAUGAUCCCACGCCGGUCGUAAGCGACUGUGGUGCGUGCUUUAGUGGAAACCAAAAGUCUCAUUUCUUAAGACAAUCUUCACUAUCUGACACCUGUCAAGAAAUCCCUUAUGUGAACACGAUCACGAUGGCAAGUUCCUCUUCAAUGCGAACGUCAAAAGAAGUUCUACGUAAACGUGAAAUAACAUUGAAUCAACUUCGCCCAAAUUGUUUGACUGAUCUCAAACUCUCUUCUUGUCUAAUGGAUAGCAAAAGUUUGAGAGUGUUCUCCGAAGAAUUGGUUCACUUUGUUAGCUUACUUUCUCUUGAAUUGUGUGAUGUUGGAUUACGUUUCGUUCCUGAAAUGAACAAGGUUCUCACCAGCGUUAAUGAACUUGUAAUUCAUGGAUCGUUACGUUAUCUUGUUUUUGAGAAUGAAUCCCUAAGUUGGCAAAUGGAGAUGUUUUGCGAUAUGCUCAUGUCGUCUUGCGAGAACUGUCGAUCAACAGAAACACAUAAAGGAUUGUGGUCAUUACGUUUGGUAGGUGGCUUCAUUUUUAACAUUGGUAGCUUUGGAAAGAUGCUGGAAACUUGUUCAUUCUGUGAAGAACGAGGCUUUGCUCAUAAAAAUAGUGAAAUUUUGUUGAUGGAAGAUAGACUCCAUUCUUUAAUAGACACUGGUGCAGACAUGGUUCUUCCACUUUAUCCGGGAUGCUCGCCGCUUGUAGGCCACAGAGAGAAGAAUGAACAGGCUAUAUUUCUAAGUUCAAGACGUCAAUAUAUAACAAGUGGCAUUGAAAGUUUAUAUUUGAGCUUUCACGAUAUUAGUGGUGGCAGUGGAAAGGAACUCGCCAACUCACUGUUACACAACCGUAGUUUACGAAAUAUCUCAUUACCUUCGUGUGGUCUGAAAACAGACGAUAUCUCCUGUAUAUUUGACUCCAUUGCAGGUAAUGAGGUGGUCAGAAAAUUGGAGUUACGAAAUAAUCUUUUUGAUAUGAAUCAAAGUUACAGUUUGUGUAAAUUUAUUUCAAGGAGUCAUUUGGUACUUUUGGAUUUAUCUUAUUGUAGCCUAGAAGUUAUUCCUGAUGCCGUGGUAGUGUCACUGUCGUCAAACAAAAUCCUACAAGUAUUGCUGUUGGCUGGAAACAGAUUGGGUGAUGCAGGUGUAUUUCAACUAAGCGACGUGUUCAUAAAUGGCAGGACUUCAAAAUUGAACACUCUUGAUUUAAGUUGUAAUAAGCUGACAACCUCCUCACUUCUUCAUUUCGGAAAUGUCUUGUCAACAGAAUGGCCAACCAAACUUCGUAAAAUUUCUAUUUGUGAAAAUCCACUGGUAAACGUUUCGACUGUCAGAGAAUGUCUGAAUAAAGUCUUCGAUGUUGUAAUAAUGGAGCCUGUUGUUGAUGGCGCUAUGGCAUACGCGGAUUAUCUCAGUGAGAUGUGACUGCCCUGUCUUUGAGGAGUAAUAUUGUGUACAAGAUUUCCCGUGAAUAGCAAGGCGUGCUCAGUCUUUUGACUAUCAACAUUUUUAGAACUUGCAACAGCUACCAACCAAUAUCGUAUGUUCAGUCUUAUAAAGCUGCAUGAUAGUUGUGACGACUGGCUUUGUCAGAGUCGUCCGGGCAUAUAUGCAUGCGCAGUAAAUGACUUUACCAAAACGAAAAUGAGGUUAAAUACAUAUUUAUCGGUCAAAAAAGAAAAAUAUUUUUCAAGAAUGUGUUAAAG